GUCACCGCCGUGCUCUAAUUCUGGUCGUCACACCGGUAGUACCCGGAACCUGAGUGCCGGAAAGAGCGGCUUACCGCUGACCUACCGUCCUGCAGCGUUUACUUGUCAGUGCCGCUUCUGAGGUCGAGAUGGGCGGCGGCGUUCUCGGCUCUGAGCACCAGCAUGAAGCUACGGCCAAGUUAUGAGCGGAAAUGUAGCAGCGCGGCUUGUAACUUAGAAGAAAAGGGGACUGUCACCAUGCAGGCAAGCUCCGGACAUCAGACAGGAAAUGGGGAUGGCGUGCCCUGCCUUUCUCUCCCCGCAAACCGUCCACCUGCAGAUGGUUCCAGCGGCUCUGGGGAUGUAGCAAUAAAUGUCCAUUCAUCAAAUUCUGAAAGUGGCACAAGAUCGGGCCCCAGACAUGCAAGACCCACCAUACGACUGCAGAAUCGACCUGGCCAUACACACUCUCAUAGUAGUGAUGCGGGUGGGCAGGACGAAUCGAAUAACACAGACACAAGAGAACAUGGCAACAGCAUCUCGGAGGUCCUGCAUGUCUAUCAGUGGUUGGAUAAAAGCUUUCCAUAUAUUUUAAUCUUCAGUGCCAAACUCAUUGUUCAGCACCUAACAGGCAUUACCGUUGGAAUUGGUCUGCUAACAACCUUUCUGUAUGCAAACAAAAGCAUCGUAAAUCAGGUUUUUCUAAGAGAUAAGUGUUCCAAAUUGCAGUCCAUCUGGCUCCUGGUAUUUUUGUCUGGCUGCGCAGUGCUUUUGUAUUACACUUUUUCUUCUCAGGCACUUUAUUACAGUUUGAUUUUUAUGACUCCGACUCUGGGACCUUUGCAGUUCUGGGAUGCUUUGUGGGUUGUGGGUAUAACAGACUUUGUGGUGAAGUUUUUCUUCAUGGGCCUGAAGUGCUUGAUUCUCCUGGUGCCUUCUGUUAUGAUGUCCCAUAAAUGCAAGGGCUUCUGGUACAUGUGUCUGGAAGAAAUGUCACAGUAUUAUUGUACGCUCGUCUCUACACCAGUCUGGUUCCGUUAUCUGAUCGAUUAUGGGGCUCAAACCAGUGGAGCUGAAUGGCAUUUUGGUAUUCUGUUGGCUUUGCUCUACCUCAUCAUAAAACUUUUUGUCGUUUUUGGACAAUGGAAAACAUCUGCUGAUGUAUUACGACUGUUCUUUACUCAGCCUAAUAAUGGUGCGACUGCAACCAAAAGACAGUGCUCAGAAGCUGAGGACAUCUGUGCAAUAUGUCAAGCUGAAUUCACAAAACCUAUUGCUCUUAUAUGCCAGCACAUAUUCUGUGAGGAGUGCAUCUGUCUCUGGUUCAAUCGAGAGAAGACGUGUCCUCUCUGUCGGACUGUGAUUUCCAGCCACAACCAUAAGUGGAAAGAUGGUGCAACAUCUCUACAACUGCGGCUGUUCUAGUCUUAAGUCUCCUGUCUUAUCAUUAAUACAGUGUUGACUGAAUUUCUGUCAUUUAUCUUGGGUUUAUGUUUUACUUUUUGGUGUAUAGAUUUACUUGAGACUUUUGGUGACUUAUUCAAAUGAAGGGCUAGACAUUAAUGGGUUUGCAUUGGGUUUUGAAUCUUUAUUGAAUUUGUAAGUGUUCUGAUAGACUUCUCAUGUCUGUUUCUCCCUAUGCAAAUGUCAUACUUGUAUUUAGAGCUAAUGGUUUCAGCAAACAAGGGUUAUUUCUCUAAUUAAAAAUGAAAAAAAUCGCUUCUAAUAAAAUUUGUGUAUGAAUAUAUAUAACAUCUCUGUGAAUAAAUGACCACAGAGUAUGAAUCACGUAGGUAAAUGGCUCAUGCCAGUAGACAGAUCGGAUGUCUUGCCCCUGUUGGAUCCCGAGGAUUUUUAUUCGUUGAUAAAAAGUGGUGAUGUUGAAAACCGCGAAAAGUUAUUUCGUUUUUUUUAAUAUAAUGAAAAAACUUUAUUUGCUGAAACUGGGGUACCCUUUGAAUGCAACACAAUUGUGUUGCCCAAACUGCUGAUGAGAGAGUGAUCAGUGUGCUCUAAUGUUAAAGGGGUUGUGCAAAGUUUAAAAGUUAUCCUCUGCCCAUAGGAUAGGGGAUAACUAACUGAUCACAGAGGGUUCCAUGUAACUUUAAAAUGUGGCACAAUCCUUUUAA